CUCGGACAUCGCGCCCGCGGGCCCUCCUCGAAAAGCCGUGCGCGGCGAGGGCCCCUCGCUCCCGAGAUGCGCACGCCGGUGGAGCCACGAGGAGGCCCGCGGCAUCGGCUCCGCGGCACGCAGGCCAAGCCGAACUUCCCCGACUCCGAAGCCCUCGCCCGUGCCUGGGGGCCCUCGGGGCGAGGGGAUACGGAAGGGGGCCAGCGGACGCGGCGCGGGCCAAUCGAAUCACCCCAACGCGUGCGUGACCCGCCCAGUAAGCAUGAAUUGGUCCUUAGGGGCCUACUGGCCGUGGCGGUGGCGGCUGCGAAGGCGAUCGGAGACGAGCUGCAGACAGAGGUGCACGGCGACCACGAGGGCGACGCCCGCGCUCUGGCGCGCUGCCCGCGGGCCGUCGCGAGGGCGACGGGAGCCAGGCUGCCGAGGAGGCGUGCGUGUCCAACGCUGGUCCGAGGCUGCCACGCGGUGUGCACGGUAGGGCGGGUCUGGCAGCGGAACUGCCAGAUCCCAAGCCCCUGUGAGGGAGCAGGGCGAUGCAGGGACAGCUGCAGAGACAGCCCGGCGGUGGUCAUGGCCGGGUAGCACUGGCCCCAGCGCCCCAAGCGGAGGCACGUGAGCGGGAGAAGAAGGCAGGAGGAGGAGGAGGAGGAGGAGGAGGAGGAGGAAGGAGGAGGAGGAGGAGGCGGAGGAGGAGGCGGAGGAGGAGGAGGAAGAAGACGACGGAGAGGUCCCCAGCGGGUCUGGCUCGCUGGACGCUGGCGGCGAUAGGGGGCCACCAGCUGCGCACGUCCUGCGGGCACAGGGUGCGCUUGCGGCGCGGCCAGCACGCCACGGCGAGCGAGCGUGAGAGCCGCGGCCUCGUGGCGGCCUGCGAGUAGGCCAAGACCGAGGAGGCUGAGGGGGGGGCAGGUGGCGCAAGGCUGACAUGAUCAUGCGAUUGAUCAGGAGUGCUUUUUCUGGUCACUAGAGAAGAGCGCGGCAUGCUUGGAAUGUAAUUCGGACCUGCUCGGCGCAAACAUGCCAGAGGUGGAGGAUCAGCAAGAAUGAGCGUACUCUCUCUUGGUGCAGACCACCCUGGCAGUGCCGAAAAACUAUAAGACCGGACUCUGGGGAGGUGCAUCAAGCACAAACAGGGGCGAGACGCCUUGCGACUCGCUCUACCCCAGAAGGGAAGAAGAAGAAGAAGAAGAAGAAGAAGGAGAAGAAGAGGAAGAAGAAAGAAACGAACCGCGAGCGGGAAAGAAGAAAACGGACCGAAUUAAACGGUGAAAUUCACCAGGUCCUCUCCGGGAAAACUCCGUUUGAGGAAAUCCAGCUGCGCGUGAGUCGCCACUCCGGAAUAGUACGGAAGAAAACAACGAGGAAGAUUAGGAUGAAGAAGAAGAAGAAGAAAAAACAUAAGAGGAAGAACCGCGAAUGGGCACCGCUGGAUACAGGGCGGGCAUGGCCGGGCCUAUCCCACAAAGUUCGAUUACGUCUCUGAUCCUCGAACUGCUCUGUAGGAGAUUUCAGCUCUACUGUGCUCACGCCAUCCUUGUCCCUCUCGUUCCGCCAUGCUCCCGCACUCCCUGCCUUCCGUCCUGUCCCGAUCGCUGCUGUCUCCGUGGCCCAUGGCCGUUGAGUGCUCAUCUGCUGAAGUGGUCAAAGAAUCGUCAGGGCCACCCUCUCAAGUGGACCUUUUGAGGACAUCCGCCCGCCGUCCAGGCCCAGCCCUGGUGCACUUUGCGAUAUAAACUCGUGGAGAAGAUUCUGCGAGCUGCGAGCUGCGAGCUGCGAGCUGCGCGUGAAGUCUACGAGUGGGGCGCCCCUGCCGUCCAGGCCGGGGCCUCUCGGAAGCAGAACCGUCCAGCACGCUCCCCACAGCCCUGGUGCACUUUGCGAUAAACUCCUGGAGAAGAUUAUGCGAGCUGCGAGCUGCGAGCUGCGCGUGAAGCCUACGAGUGGGACGCCCCUGCCGUCCAGGCCGGGGCCUCUCCGAAGCAGAACCGUCCAGCACGCUCCCCACUGCCCUGCCGAUGCCAUUUGCCGGAAGCUCCUGGAGAAGAUUCUGCGAGCUGCGAGCUGCGAGCUGCGCGUGAAGUCUACGAGUGGCACGCCCCUGCCGUCCAGGCCGGGGCCUCUCGGAACCCUGCCGAUGCCAUUUGCGGGAAGCUCCUGGAGAAGAUUCUGCGAGCUGCGUGCUGCGCGCCCCCUCGCCCCCCGCUGCCCCCGCUGCCCACCGCUGGCACGCGGGCCGCAGCCGCGGCGGGCGAGAACUCUUGAUGCCAGCGCGCACUGCCCCCGCAGCCAGCAGCCUGCGGCGCGGCUCGCGGCCUCUCCGCGCGCCGCCCCAGCUGCCCAGGAAACCGAGGCUCAGCCGAUCGCGGAGCGCGGGCGCCUGCCUCCCCUCGCCGACAGCGACCUCCCCGCGCGGCGGGGGCGGGCCUGGGAGGGCGCCUCCUCGGAAGGGGGAAGAGAUGUGGUGGUCGUCGCUGCUGACAGCGUCGAGAGGGGCGAGCCUCGAUGCUGACGUCCCGCGCGCGUGGGCCCGGCCGACUCGCCGCCGCACUGGCUCGGGCCCGCGCAGCACGGGACCCUCUGGCGCUCGUCGGGGCCGGUUGGCCUGCGGGAGAUGCUCUCCGACUCUGUGUCGCUCGACUGGUCGCUCGUGGCUGCGCCACUGGCCGGCUCCACUCCGGGCAGCAUGGGGACCGUGAAGGCCUGGGCGACGCGCCGGACCGACGUCCCGUUGACCGGGCGAGGCUCGGGGCAGGUCUCUCGGCCCGUGACGAGCCUCCUCAUCUCGGACAGGUCUCUGAGGGGGGCCAAGAGGCCGCAGUCUCAGGAAGCCGGAGCCCGCAGGGCCUGCGGAUCCUGCGGAUCCCGUCGGGGCCGAGGACGCUGGGGCCUGGCAUGGCCCCCCCGUGGGCGACGCUGCGGGGGCGCCCGCGGGCCAUCCUGGGAGUCGAGGGCUGCCUCGGUGCGGGCGCCGCGCUGGCUGCCUCCGCCCACGCCAACGCUGGCCUUGGCCGAUGCUGGUAGGGAAGAUCGUCGCCCGCGAGGCUCGCCAUCCCUGCCGGCCUAGAGGUGGGGGGAUCCUGACGCGUAGCACAGGGUGCUUCGCCAAAAUUGUGACUCAGUGACUUGAGCCAACACGUCU